ACUCUUCUUCCUCAUUUAAUCGAAAACUGGGCGCCGCUCCCAUGCCGCUUAACUCUGGCAUUCAUUUUCAUUGUAUUUUUUUUUUCAAAAGCAAUUUCCCUGAUUUCAAGCAACAUUUCUUUUAAAUAAAAAACAUUUUCAAAAUACAGUAUUUCCAGUCAAAUUUCUAUCAGCAUGACAACCUUAUGGUUUAAAGAUGCUUUUUGGGGGGCAGAUUUCAAUGAUCACAUUGGAUAUGAAGUGCUGAUGCAGAGACUCUGCGAGGGCCGGCGUACGUGCAAGGAUGUGGAAGAGCUCCUCAAACUAAGAGCUCUGGCAGAGGAGAAGUAUGGGAAGGAGCUGGUGAUGAUCGCUCGCAAGUGCGGGGGCCAGAUGGAGAUCAGCACGCUGCGAGCUUCCAUUGAUCAGCUCAAAGCAGAAAUGGAAAACACGGGGAAUUUACACAUCCAGCUGUCGGCGAUGCUGAAGGAAGAAGUGAAGGGGAUAGAGAUUUUCCGGGAGCAGCAGAAAGAGAAAAGAAAGAAGUUUGAAGGAAUAAUGGAGAAAAUUCAUAAAAAUAAGGUGAUCUUGUACAAGAAAACCAUGGAGUCCAAAAAGAUCUACGAGCAACGGUGCCGGGAAGCAGAUGAGGCUGAACAAACCGUGGAGCGGGUGGAAGGCACGUCCAGCGCCACCAGCAGGCAGACGGAAAAGGUGCACAGCAAGGCCCGACAGUGCAAGGAAGUGGCCGCAGAAGCAGAGAAGCAAUACGUGUCCAACGUCACCCAACUGGAGAAGGUCCGGCAGGAUUGGGAGAGCACACACGCGAGCACAUGCGAGGUCUUCCAGCAGCAGGAGGUGGACCGAAUUAGCUUCCUGAGGAACGCCAUGUGGGUGCACUGCAACCAUUUCUCAAUGCAGUGCGUCAAAGACGACGAGUAUUAUGAGGAAGUUAGGAAGACUCUGGAACAGUGUGAUACCACCACAGACAACAACUGCUUCAUUAGGACGAAAAUGACUGGCUCAAGCCCACCAGCCCCCGUUUCCUUUGAUAAUUACUACGAGAGGGAUGGGCCAGCCCACAGCAAUGGCACCCCCCGCAUGGGAGGAGGGGGAGGAGUCAUGAGGAGGUUUUCUAAUCUUUUGCAAAGCAACGGCGGGUCAAGGCUGAAUAUCGCUGAAGCUUCACAGUCAGCAGGAUCAUCUAGUGGUCAAAUGUCGAACAUGACGAAUGCGUUUGUCGCGGCCGUCAACAAAGAGGCUGAGUACCAAGUCCUGUUUGAUUAUAGAGCACAGGUCAGUUGCAACACCUGCAGAAGCAAAGAGGUCCCAUGGCUGUGGUGUAACACAUGGCCACUCAUGGGGCUUCAACACCGCACGGCCAGGCCCUGGGGGUGUGAUGUAGCUAUUACAGAAGACCGCCAGAGUGCUGGGGAGGGGGGCAUACAGGCCACUUAUGUUGGCCUCUGUUUACAGGACCCGGACGAGCUGACGAUUCUGAAUGGGGAGAGAGUGAUGGUGCUUGAGAGGGGGGAGGACGGCUGGUGGCAGGUGGAGAGGAACGGUCAGGCCGGGCUCGUCCCGGGGUGCUACCUGAGCAAAGCAUGAUGGGAGCCAUGGGAAGGGCUACGCCUCACGCAGUCCGGCCGCCCAAUAGCGACGUCAGUCUCUCAUCCCCCAGCUACAACAACAUAACUUCAGUCUAAUGAAACAACACCUUAUACAUCUUCUGUUUCGUCCAUGAUCUACAGCUGUAACAGUUGUCAGUCAUUUUGUUUUAUCGUCUAAUUUAAACUUCACAACAUUUUUGUCACAAAUAUUAUCUGUGGAAAUAUUAGCGAUGUCUUGAAACUUGAAUAGUGAUGCUGAUUUCUUUCCAUGCUAAAAGUGUUUUAUUUAUUUUGUAUAUUGCGGUUGGUGAAUUACUCAUGCAAGGAAAAUUAUCAACUGAAAAUAAAACAAACCAAAGUUCA